AUGGUCAUCCAUUACCUCAGACAUGCAACACUUAUCGCUGCUCUCCUUACAUUCACCGUAGCCCAAGAUGAGACCAUCAUACCCGAUGAUCUUCAAUCUGGCUUCCGACCAGACGGCGACGAAGUGCAAGUCUCAUUCACAGGUGAUGCAGUAAAUGGCUUCAAGGAUGGAACGGUGUUUGAGAAAGAAGCGGUAGCAGAAGAGCCUACAUUCGCCCUUGGUGACAGCAGUGGCAUCUCUUCUAGCACGCUGUACACGAUCAUCAUGGUCGACACUACGUGCCCAGACUCUCGAAGACUCCACUACGCCCGCGCGAACUUCAAGUACAACUUCGAAAUCACCAACAUCAAUACUAGCUCUCCCGCUCUUCUUGACUACAUCGCUCCGGGCUCUGUUGAAGAAAAGGGCGAUAACCGGCAAUAUAGUUUCUUGAUGUAUACGAACCCCGGUAGGAAAGAAAUCACGGAUCUGCAAUUGCCAGGAGAUAACGAGGCCUUCGAUGUUGCGCAAUUUCAGAACGAUAAUGGAUUGGGGGAUGCUAUGGCUGGGGUUGGUAUGGUUGUGAAGCUUGGGGGUGAGGCCGACUGUACGGGCGGCAAUGCAGAAGCGUUACCCAGUAACCUGCCUACACCGAGACCUGCGAAAAGUACAGCAGUCGAAGUAUCAACGAUAUUGAGUCCAGAGAACGCGACUGCGAGUGUUGUGCCCACACCCGCGCCAACAUCGUCGAGAAGCCCAGCGAACUCGAAUACCGCGUUACUAAGCGACCUUCCUUCUUCGGCAGCAGAGCCAUCGGCAACUGUCUCAACGAUCGUUUUGUCCAGUGCGGAUGGGACAAUUUCUUCAACAGCUACUACUGCGGCAGAGCAAACGGCAAAUGCUGCCCCAGUAACGAUACGCUGCCAAAGAUGGGGCAUGGCUUCCCUAUUGGCCAUCGUCAGCUUCAUAUUUGUAUAG